UAUUCCUGGAUUUUUCCUGAACCACUGAGUAUUUUCAUCAUGCGGGAAGACAGGUUGUUUAUUGGGGCGAUAGUUCUGAGUUUGUUUGGGUGUUUCUGUAAUGCUCAAUUUCAAACCCGAAAUGUGGACGGUUUUGGGACAAACCCUCGGCUCACGAAGAAGCCAGUGGGCUCACAGGCUCCUGUCACGACCCGCCCAACUCUUGGAAGACCGUGGUUCACCCAGGCUCCCGUGACUCCCCGCCCGACCUUUUGGGGACCCGCCAUCACCCAGGCUCCCGUGACUCCCCGCCCGACCUUUUGGGGACCCGCCAUCACCCAGGCUCCUGUGACUCCCCGCCCAACCUUCGGGGGACCUGGCAUGACCCAGGCUCCCGUGACUCCCCGCCCGACCUUUGGGAAGCCCCGCACGACUCCAGCUCCUGUGACUACCCGCCCGACCCAGGGGGAACCCACGCACACGGUGGAACCUCCAACGGCUAAGCCUGAUGCCGUGAAGGUCCACUGUGGGGAGAGCUCCGUUCAGAUGGAAGUGGAUAUGGACCUGCUUGGCAUUGGCCACUUGAUCCAGCCCUCUGACCUCACACUGGGAGGCUGUGGCCCUGUUGCACAGGACAAGUCUACUCAAGCGCUUCUGUUUGAGACGGAGCUCCAUGACUGCGGCAGCGUACUUGCAAUGACCGAGGACUCCCUAGUCUACACCUUUGCUUUCAAUUACCAACCUAGUGCCAUUGGUGCCACGCCCAUCAUCAGAACAUCGAGUGCAGUGGUAGGCAUCCAGUGCCAUUACGUGAGGCUACACAACGUGAGCAGUAAUGCCCUGAAACCAACCUGGAUCCCCUACCACUCCACCCUGUCUGCUGAGGACCUGCUGGUUUUCUCCUUGAGGAUCAUGGCUGACAACUGGCAGCUGGAGAGGGCAUCCAAUGUCUUCUUCCUGGGGGACCUCAUUAACAUCGAGAUCUCUGUGGUCCAGGCCAACCAUGUGCCCCUUCGUGUGUUUGUGGAUACCUGUGUAGCUACCUUGGACCCUGACAUGAAUGCAGUCCCCAGAUAUGCUUUCAUUGAGAACAAAGGGUGUCUAAUGGAUUCCAAGCUGACCAACUCCCGCUCCCAGUUCCUGUCAAGGGUACAGGACGACAAGCUGCAACUUCAGGUGGAUGCCUUCAGGUUUGCCCAGGAGACCAGGAGUGCUAUCUACAUUUUCUGCCAUCUGAAGGCUACUGCGGCUUUGCCAGAUUCAGAAGGGAAGGCUUGCUCAUUCCCUCUUGGGAAGGAACGGUGGGUUGAGGCAUCUGGGAAUGACCAGGCAUGUAGCUGCUGUGACACCAGCUGUGGUGGGAGGAAGAUAAGGAGUGUGAAUUCAGGCAUACAGUAUGAGGGUGGUGCAGUCCUAGGCCCAAUUCUUGUCCAGGAGGCUGUCCAAGAUGUGCCUGAGUCCAUCAGCCCUCUGAAUGCAGAUCACCAAGCAGAAGGUGCCUCUGAGGUGGUAUUUAUGGCUGGAGUGAUGGCUGCGGUGGGACUAGUCUGCAUCAUUGCGCUGGGGAUGGUGCUGGUGUGGAGACGCUACAAACUUGUCCUGUAACUGGGUGGUGAUUUUUUUUUUUUUGAAUAAAACUUGAAGUGCAUCAAAA